ACAUACAUAUAAAUAGGCUCGACAAGAAGAAAGUAAGAGCAAUAAUCUCUCUCUCACAGUUCCAAAAUGGUUCUAAAACAUAAUACGAAAACUAUGGAGCUCCUGAAAUAUACCUUGAUGGGUUUGAUCGUGACGUGUUUGACAGUGGCUGCUGAUCCAUUAAAACAAAAACCACAGACAUUGAAUUCUUCACCUGCAAAAAACUCCCAACAGAAAGUAGCUAAUGAGUUAAAGCCAGAUUUUGUACCCAUCCAUCUGUAUGCUAGAGAAAAUUCAUUGGACGGUGAUUAUAACUUCAAAUAUGAAACCGGAAAUGGCAUUUUCGCGGAAGAACGUGGUGUCAUGCUAAACAAGGGAACGGAAAACGAAGCAAACUCGGUGGUCGGCUCGUACAAGUACGUCUCGCCGGAAGGUGUACCGAUAGAGGUGACGUACACCGCUGGUGUAGACGGGUUCCGAGCAUACGGCGCUCAUCUGCCCGUCGGCCCACCGGCGGCGUCCAAUUUGCCCAAAAGUUUGGCGUACAAGAACGUCGCCCAGACAACCGCCUUCGCUCGGCCGCAGUUCAGGUCGGCCAACUCCGAUUUGCCGGAMGACGGCGGACAAGCGCGGUCUGAGCAGCAGCUUCAAACGGUUUCGGAACUGCCGCCACAAGUACGGUCAUCGGAGCAGCCACAAGUUCGGUCAUCAGACCAGCCACAAGUGCCGUCGGCGGCUGAACAAGUCGGCGGUGGUCAAGUGGCCAACGAUGUUGCGGAACAGUCGCAAAAUGUGUUAUUYGUGGGCCAAGGGCCUACUGAAAAACCACUGGAAAUGAUCGUGCAUGCAUCGGUCGCGGCAGCCGACCAAUCGCAGGGCCCGUCGGACGGUAAUACCCAAAACUAUUACCAACAAUUGCGCGGUCAACCCAUUCCAGAACAGCCGCGACCUAUACUGCAGCAGCAACAGCAACAACAACAGCAACAACAACAGCAGCAGCAGCAGCAACAACAGCAGCAGCAGUUCGUUAUGCAGAGGUUCGAACCUCCUAGAUCAGGUGCACCAUCCGUCGUGCCCGUUCUGCAGAUGAUACCCCAGGCAGUCCAAACCCAGCCAAAGGUCGUGCCAGUAUUGCAAAGGCUGGUGCCAGGUGGAUAUCAACAGCAACAGCAACAGCAACAGAAGCAGCUACAACUACAGCCUCAGUUCAACGCGAGGCCGGUACAGCAACCGCCAUUCAACCAGCAGCAACCACCUUUCAACCAGCAACGACCGACUUUCAACCAGCAGCAACGUCCCGGAACAGUGCGUCAGUUCAGCAUUGAGCCUCAGCAGAUGUGGUACAUGCCGAACAACCCGCAAGGUCGGUACUUCCAGUUGCCUCCUAUGCAGCGUACAUUUGGAUCGCCAAAGUAUUAGACUUCGUCGUCAUCGGAAAGUUCAUCACCAUGUGGUCGAACUUACGUUUUAUUCUAUAACAUCUUUUAUUUCUGAUUUUUCAAUAUAAUAUAUUAUACUUUAAUAAGUACUUACCUACAAUAUAUACACGGUAUUUUAUAAUAGAAAUAAUAUUAUAAAAAUUAUCGUAAAUAUAUUAUUGAUAAGUUAUGUGUAGUAUAUAUUGUGUAUGCCUACGACUGUCGUAUCAUGUAUUCGUGUGAAAAUUGAAAAUAUUUAACAUAAAUCAAUAAAUUCGAUCACUUCAAACGUGAUCAACGGGUACUUGAAUA